UUCGAUUUCAGAUUCAUUGAAUUAAUCGAUCAGUUUCACCAUGGCUGGAAACACGGAACUGAAAACAGGAUUAAAAGGGAAAAAUAAGACAGUUAAUGCCGUUGACGACAUAAGAAUUACACAAUUAAGGGAGCUGGUGCUGGCCACACUGAGCAUGGAGGUGAAAAGAAAUGAAGAGAAAAUGUUGAUCUGUCUCGAUGCCCCAUCGUUAAAUGGUGAAGUUGGAAUCAACUGGAAAAAGAAAUUUGGCUCUGCCGUCCACAUCAUAAUGGCUGACAAAGAUGAUGUAAAAACUUUGAAACAGAGCUGUCAAUCAAAAAGUAUCCAGGCUUCUGAUUGGCUGCUGGAGGCAGACCAUGUGCCAGGGAUUUGGCCAAUUACAGAGCAGAAAGAAAUUGAAGUGUUUGUGACCCCAGCACCAAUACAAGCCGUUUUACACAGGGAGGCAUUUAGUUUUAUGUACCUCCAUCCAAAUCAGGGUGUUGGUUUGUACACAGGAAGUGUGUUCGCAAAUCUCCGACACAACGGCACUGUGUGUUUCCAGUCGAGUGACCUAGCCAGUCAGUGUGUCCGCUCUCCCCUCCUGAUCCAGCGACAGUACCAGGCGUACGUACAAAAGACGGAGUAUUGCCGAGAAAUGGCCCUCAGAGUGUUUAUAGGCGAUAUAGCUAGGUGUGCGGCUAGAUACCAGCGUGGAAUCCAGGUCCUCUACAUCCUAGACGUCCGUGACUACUUCUUGGUGGUCGUCAGGGCUAUAAAGAGCAACCAGUCAGCAUUAAAGUGCCUCGACCAGUGCGGACACGUGUUACAUUGUCUCAUGUGUCAAGACCGAAUUCCUAUGCCAAACACACACUCACCUGUUGAGGAACCAUACAAGUUACUGUCGUGCCGCUGCAAAGAAAAAAAUCCUGGAAAAACUGGCGUACUGCUUGGACCCAUGUGGCUUGGGAACCUGGUCGACACUGACUACUUGGAGAAUCUGCUGAAGGAAUGUAAAAAAAACAACCUCAGCCCGACAUACAUGAAUGUGUUAAACACAGUGUUGGUGGAAGCGCGAUGUGACCGGCGGGACAUGCAGGGUGGGGCCCUACAGCCCAGAGAAAAAACUGAUGAUCGGACAGAUGAAACGAAAAAUGGAAAGGGUGAGACUGUAAACACGGAACAGUGUGGGGGAAAUAGACUCACAAGUGUACCUUCAGAUUCUGCUGGUUUGCAAACUGACGCUGAUGGUAAAAGCGAUCAAGUGGCUCAAAGGAAGGCUGGUGAAGGUGAUUCAGUAAAAACUGGAUCUAAUGUUGGUUGUGUUAAUGUGGAAAAACUAAGUGUUGGUGAUGAAGGAAAAGCGAGCGAUGAAGGCCCAGUUAGAAAAAAGCGGAAGCUUGAUGAAGCAGCUAAAGAUUCCUGUGGCAUGAAGCAACACUCUGAUAUGCCACUGUUUUAUUAUGAUCUGCAAAAGAAGAGAUUUUCUGGAUUCCCUAAGCUGGAGAAGGUGGUCAUCCUCCUGAGAGAACAUGGGUUCCGGGCGAGUCGCACCCACUUUGAGACCCAGGCUGUACGGACGGACGCCACCUCUGGCCAGGUCAUAGAGGUGCUCCAACACACCAUGGAGCGCAAACAAGACUAAAAUGUGUGCUGUUGUAAUUCCUUUAUGUACAUGCUAUGAAUAUGGUAGAGGUACUGUGAUGAGUCAUCGAAAUUGGACUGUUUGGUAAACAGGCCCAAAUUUUUACUCUAUCACUGGGCUUAUUUCUUUUUAAGGGAGCCUUGCUGUAUUUGUAUGUAAAAUUCAGCUUUAAAGUAAGCCCUGAAUACAUUGGAUCAGUGCAGUGCUUCUGCUAAUAGCGACUAUUGUGUGAGUUUAAUCUGGGAGUAGGAUUGUGAUUGGUCCCAAAUUGAAUGCUGGUAAUCAACAGUCAUCAUAUGCCAUAGAUACCAUUGCAAGAAAAAAAGAUAAUUGGCGAAAACUUCCAUAAAAUGAUGUAUUAUCAGCCUCAUACUAGUUCGUUUUGGUAAUUCUAGACUUGUUUUGAGGAGUACUAUAUUUUGGGACCAUCUGGUGUCUAGUACCUUUAACAUUAACAAUCAAGGACUAAGGAGAAUUAGACAUUUUUUAAAGUAGAUGGCUUUAAAUAGUUCUCUUUCCUCAACUAAGCAGAAUAUUUUAUGGAAGUAUUUGUAAGUGCCAUUUCAUGUCCCACACGCUUUUACAUGAACGUUCAUAUUAAAAUUGUACGUAUACAUUAAAUGUUAGGUAACCGUGAUUUGAAAAUAGAUGAUAAAAUGAGUGUUAAUUUUAUAAUAUUGUCAACUGUAUUAUCUCCACACACUUGUGCUAUGUAAUUUGUUCAAACAUAUUUUAUUCAACAUAAAUAUAAAGUGUUGCAAUGCUGUAUGUAAUACUAUUAUAUACAUGAAAGCACGGACCUAAAAGCCAUAUAUAGGUCCGUGGUGAUAGUAUGUCCUUCAUUUGUUUUGUUGCUUUAGUUUAGUGAUAUAUUGUUUAUACCAUUUACCAGUAAAGAGAAAAUAACUCAU